AGAUUAGUGAAAAAAGUCGAGUCGAGUUCCGCCAUGGCCGACUCAGACUCGGAAGAGAAGGAUUGGGCUUCCGAGGACGAAGAUGUGGGCUCAACCUCCAGAUCUGGCUAUGCCAGCGGGCCUCCUAGGCCCGGCCGCAGCAUGGGUCGGGGCUUGUCAGCGGUGCUGCCGCAGCAUGUGCGGCCGCAGAUUCCCGCCGACGGCAAAGGCACAUUCCCACUGGAGCAGGCUUUGCCAAAAGCGCCUGCCGACGAUCCUCUGCAGUGGCACGACCCUUGGAGUGUCGCAGCAGGGAAAGGGCCGGCGAGGCAGAACGACCCGAGACCUGCAUUUGCGACCGAAGGCAAAGGCACCUUCACCAAAUCCGAGUAUUCCAACUCCGGAAGUGAGCGGCCUUCUGGUGCAGCUGCCACUGAUCCUCUCUGGAAGGACGAUCCGUGGAGUAGAGAAGCAGGCAAGCAGGCCACUGGCAAAGGGCGGCCAGCGCCGCAGAGCAAUACGCCACCUGCGUUUGCGACUGGAACCGAAGGCAAAGGAACCUUCGCGGGGUCAGAGUAUUCGAAUUCCGGAAGUGAUCGCCGUUCUGGUGCAGCUGCCACUGAUCCUCUCUGGAAGGACGAUCCGUGGAGUAGAGACAAAGGGGAGCCGCCAGCAGGCAAGCAGGUUACUGGCAAAGGCCAGCCAGCGCCGCAGAGCAAUACGCCACCUGCCUUUGCGACUGGAACCGAAGGCAAAGGAACGUUCUCGAGGUCAGAGUAUUCGAAUUCCGGAAGUGAGCGCCCUUCUGGUGCAGCUGCCACUGAUCCUCUCUGGAAGGACGAUCCGUGGAGUAGAGACAAAAAAGAGCCGCCAGCGGGCAAGCAGGCCACUGGCAAAGGGCAGUCAGCGACGCAGAGUAACACGCGACCUACGUUUGCUUCUGAAACCGAAGGCAAAGGCACCUUCGCAAAGGAGUAUUCGAAUUCCACAGGCACUGAUCCUCUGUUGCUGGACGAUCCAUGGAGUCGAGCAGCCGGCAAAGGGCCGGCAAAGGGGCCAGGCUUUCCGGCGCGAGAGGGCAAAGGCGGCUUCAGUGAAGCGCCUUUCGCCAAUGGAGACCGGUCCAAAGCUCCGCCCUCCGCCGACCCGCAGGCGACCACCUCGUCGCCUUUCGGGUCCCGGCCUAGGCCCAAACCUCCGCCUCCUCCGCCGCCGGAUAGCCCAGAGAAGCCGAGAGAAGGCUCGCGCUGGGGAGGGCGGACGGAGAAAGUGGAGCGGGGCCGAGAGGCUGGCAGCUCUCAUGAGGCGCAUCGGAAGGAGUGGGUGCAGCUCGUGAACAAGGCUCAUCCGCGUGCCCCGCUCUCCGUGGAGGUUACGGGCCCUUCCAUGUGCGAGGGCUUCGACCAGCACGUGCGUCUACUCCUGUACGCAUACAAGGGAUAUGGCUACGUGCGGUCCUUGCAGCCCCAGCUUCCAGCAGAGUGGGUGCCGCUGUCGCAGCUGCGGCCGCUGCCGCCCUACGACUUCCUGAUCCAGGCGCCUCUGGCGCCCGAUCGCGCCGUGGGGCUGAUCAGCGAACCCUUCGAGCUCUCUCCGGAGGUCACGGGGCACCUGGUGAUUCACAUCCAAGAAGAUUCUGUUCUUGACGAGUGGAAUCGGACAUGUGCCAUCGCGUUUCCUAGAGACCAGCUGCUGCCGGGGGAUCUGAUCCUCGCGGUCGGGGAGGCCAGUUGCCUCAAGGGGCCACUGGCCCCCGCGCUGCGGGAGCCCAUCGGCGUGCUGGAGCUCCAGGUGGUGCGCUUCGCGGCGGCCUGGAACUUCGAUUGCCACCGGAGCUUGGAGGGCCAGGUGGUCUCGAGUUUGGCGCUCAAGGACGAGAGCCCCGAUCGCUUCGAGGACCUGGACAGGUUCCAAUGAGGGCGAGGUGGACUGGAGCGGGCGCAUCGGGAGCUCAAGGAGACACAUGAUUUGGAAUGGAUGGCAUUCGUUCAGAGCGCUGUGCGC